AUGAAUCUUUCGCUAAUUGAAACAAAGUGGGUGAAGUUCGGAAAAUCUCAUGAUUUUGUUUUCGUUGGAAAGGAAACCAUUGCGACGGCUUCCGGCAUUUACGUGAGUUUUUUGGAUCUGAAUACGAGAGAAAGGCGAAUCGAGCGUUUCGACAGCAAGGAAAGGGGCGAUGGCGCAUCCUGCUUGGCUGGACAUCCGACAGUUUCCAUGUUUUCCGUAGUCGAAAGAAAAUCUAAUCCCAAAAUAUCGAUAUUUAUGUAUCCAACGCUACGAAGAAUUUCCAGAUGCGUGCUACCCGACAAAAUCAAUGGUUAUUUAUCCUGUUCUUUUGCUGGUACAGAAUAUCUCAUAAGCAUGACCAAUUUCCCUGAUUUUCGACUGAUCGUGUGGCUAUGGAGAACCGGCAAGCACGUCGCUGAGCUUAACAUGAAGAUCCACGAUCUUGUUCAAGAAAUUUGCUGUUCGCCGAAUUCUCCACAUUUAAUAUCACAACUCGGAAUCAUCGACGGCGCGCUCGCAAUCUGUCAAAUACGCACGUGCUCGAAAAUCGUGAGUAUACAUCACGUGGACGUGCCAGUUCCGGAACAUAAAAUUGUAUCUUCGUCCUGGACGCCGGAAGGAAACCUAUUUGUCUCGGACGAGUUCGGUAACGUAUGGCUCAUAGCGAUAGAAGCUAACAAGUUAUACUCUGUGGUAAAAUUGGAAACGCUCGAACCAUCGAAGAACAGACCGAUCGUCAUCACUUACAGGACUGGCGUCAUAGUUGUGAAUGCUGAUAGUGAAAUUACAUUUUAUAAAAAAUCAUUGACAGACUGGAACGUGUCGUGGCAAUUUGUAUGGUCGAUUUCGACUUUCCAUUCUAUUCGAGUAGGAAGGCAAUAUUAUUUUGAAGAUGGGAUUUUAUUUCAUUCCAAUAGCGGAGAAAUUUUUGAGAUCAGUACGCAGUACGACAACGUUCCUCAUAUUGAAGUUAUUUAUACGGACGAGAUAGAAUACAAAGCACUGUUUUCUAUAUCUCAACGCACAGAUCACGUCGCGGCGAUAGAUCGGUUAGAUCGUCUUUGCAUUUUUGAGAUAUCGACCGGCAAAUUGACAGCGAGAUUAUCUCUGAAACAUCACGGUGAAGUCGUUCGUGCAGAUUCACAUCCUACUUUAUCAAUGCUUGUGGCAUGUAGUGUUACUGGCAAUUGCAUUUUUAUCGAUGUCACAUCAUUACCUAAGGUCUUUAACUGCUUUCAUCUUUGCGAGGAUGUCUUGGAUAGAAUAAAAUUCUCGCACUGUGGCGAAUUUUUGGGAACUGGCAGUUCGCAAAGUGGCAAAUUAUUUAUUAUUGGCAAACGAUUUAAACAACAGCCUGUAGAUGUUCUUGGAUUUAUAGAAAUUGAUGGAUAUUUUGCUGAUUUUCUGAUAUACAAGAGGCAUAAUGAUCGCUUCGAAAUCUUAGUUCUUGCAACGACUAAUCCUUCCAUGGCUUCGAUCGGCGGUAAUAAAGUAAUCGUGUACACUUGCGAGGUUUCGAACAAUUUCUACACGCAUGCCAUAUAUGCGAUAGAUUUAUUAAAACCUUACAGGAUGCUCUAUCACGGAACGAAUAAAUCUCUGAAUAUACUGGGUAUACCCUCUUUAUCUAAACAAUUACAUCAAAUGGAGAUACAGAACGACUUUCAAGAUAUCAGUCUCACGCAAGCACUCUUCUCGAUGCAUCAGCUGAGGAAUAUCGGAAUAUACGUGACCGAUUCUCGAGUCUUAACAUAUGGAUACGAUGGCUUAAUCAUAGUCAGAGAUAGUAUGGAACUUCGCAAAGUGAUCGCAAUUUUCAUGCCACACCAUCGCAGAGAAGGUGGUAUUAAAUGCGCAAUUUCUUCGCGUUUUGGGGAAACAAUUGUUUCCCUCGGUAGAAACGGAGAUCUCGUUGGCAGUCGAGUCCGUUUAUCGGAAGCGAGAACAAACUUGGCAGAAAGCAGAGCUGUGAGUGUACAUUUAUCAAUUGAAGACUUUGCUUCCGGUCCAAACAAAUUGUACGGUUUGGCAGGAGAAACCUGGCUGGAGAAUGUAAUCGCCGCUAAACUAAAAGCCGAACGCGAUGAAGCUCUACCUCUACGAGCUUCCAUCUUAGCCGAUCUGCAGAAAAUAAAGAAUCAGAUACGUGAGCUUCUCGAUAUAAAUGAAAGCAAACCACCGGACGCUCGAUUGCCGAUCUCGGCUUUCGAUCUAGAUCGCGAAUAUCGGCAGCGGAAGAUAGAAGAGGCGCGACUUGAACGAGACGAAGUGCGUCGAAAACUCGAAGAAGAAUGCACUCAACGGGAUCAAAUAGCCUCGUAUAUCCGCGAAAUAUUCUGGGAUCCGUUGCAAGUAAAACCGUGUGCACUUAAAUCUAUCGGCGGUGAUACGAUAGUUCGUAAUUAUCCUCUCGUUGCAUCGACUCGGAAAGUAAAUGAUAUUAAAGUAUGGAAUAGGCUCUCUUCGGAGGCCGAUGAGUUUUUAUAUAGUGACGAGGUGUAUAAUAAAUCAAUAGAUGAGGAAGACGAUUCAAGACGAGAAUCCGCGGCAUUUGAUUUCGAUAAAGAAGCUUCGACGAAUAAUUCUGAUGAUAUUAAAAUAAACGAAAUGGCUAAAAUGUGGUAUACAAUGGUGGAUGAAGAUGAAAGAUUAUGUAUAUCAGGUGUCACGACGCAUAAGUGGAUUGAUGAUGAAAGCAUAGCUGCAACACAUCAGCUGUUACUUCCUUGCAACAGUGAUCUUAAAACUAUUCUUAAAAAAGACACUAUUAUCGAAAAUCGAGAGCGCAAAUUAAAGAUAUAUUUUAAUAAUCUUUUCGAGGAAAUGAGACUCGCAAAGGAACGUGAAUUAAAAUGUACAAAGGAGCGCAUCGAUAGGCUUCAAUAUUGCGCUUCCGAGUUAAAGACAAUGUUCGGAAUAGACUCCGUUCUGGAGCCAAUCGAUACACCGACCUGGAGUGUCGAAGAAAUAUCUGAUUACGUAAUUACUGUAAAAGAUCACGAGGUACUUGAAAAACAGUCGCGACGAGAAGAGUCUAAAAUCGCGAUGAUUGAUGAGGAUCGAGAGGAUGAAGAGAAAAACGGAAAAAACAAUGAUUUUUAUGAGAGAGCUCUUGAAAAGAUGAUGGACGGUGUAUUAGAAUCUAAAUGGGAGGACGAAGUUAAAAAGGAAAUACCUGUGCCUGAAUGCAUAACCGCGAAAGAUCCUUCGAAAUAUACCGAUGAAGACAUCGCAACUAUCGCCUCGUACAAAUGCAAAGUGCAAGCGCUGAAAGAAGAACGAAAAAAAUAUAAAGCGAUGCUGCAGGCCGAGAUCGUCGAGACAAAGGAAGCCUUACAAAGAGAUAUCGCGGAAUUCAAUGACAAGUUGAAGGAUCUUGAGUUAAAAAAGAUGCAAAUUGAAUGCGCGAUCCUGCAGGAGAGAUUGAUGAGAAUACGAGCGAUCCGGAGAUACCGCAGCGAAGUCGACGGCAGGCAAAAAAUCGUUCGUUUCACUGACGACGAACUGGUGCCGGCGACGCAAGAGGCACGCAAACUCGCCGAGGAAUGCAACUCACUCGAGAUAGUCGUAGCAGAAUUAAAGUCUCGUUACGACAAUCUCAACAAGGCGGACAAACGUCAGGAGGCCAAAUUUCGCAGCGAAUUCACGGACUUGAAGCAGCCGAUAGUCGAACACUUGUUUAGGCAUUACAAGAAGCGUCCCAGGAUAGGUCGGCUCGUCACCACGUCCGUCACGUAUCUGACGGAGGUGGCGAGAUGCGUUGCGGCCAGCGAGAAGUCAGACAUCUUACCGCGCGAAUGUCUGGACUUCCUCAGAGGCAUAGAUGCGUUGGAUACGAUGCCCAGAAACCUGCCGCCGCAGAUUAACGUCAAUCACUGGCGAACUAUGUGUAAGCUGAGAAGAGCAAAGGUCGAGGUGGAGACAAAGGUGAGAUGUUGCGCGGUGGAAAUGGCCGAGGCGGAGCAAACGCUGUCAUUUUAUCAGAAAACGAUGCAAUCAGCUGACAACGUAGUUGCGUGUAAAAAGGUCUGUCUAGAAAACUUAGAGAAAUCUUUGACGCAACUUGCUGAGGAAAUGGAGAUCCAACUCGUUCUGAAAAUGGGUCAGAUUGAGGUCCCACUGCAAGGUUGUCCGUCCGAUUACGAGAACACCGUUCUCGUGACACGCGAAGAGCUCUUACGUGUCAACGAAUGUAUCAUUGAAACCGGAAAAUGCAAGUUGGCGGCGAUGCACAAAUCCAUGCACUUGCGAAAGGUCGUGUCGCAACAAGAGUGGCAGCACACAUGCGCGAAGAUGAUAUUGGAGGAUUUGCAGCAGGAGCUGAAAGAUGUUCAACAGUUCAAGGUCAUCACAAGAAACGUGCUUGAAUUCUUGAUCCGUGAUCCCUGCAGUGUAAAUCUUGAAAAAGAUUACGAAAAGAUGAAAACCAAUUUGCGAAUAUUUCAAAAUAGAUUUCGCCAGUUAUUGGCACUGGAACAAGCGCGUUUGAAGGAAACAAAGCGUAUGAUGGCUAAGUGGAAGAAAAAGAACGACAAAAUAUCGAAGGAGAUCAAAUCUAAGUCGUCGGAUGUUGAAGAGUUUCGCAGAUUACUCAACGAUCCAUGUCGCAAGAAGGACGAGGAGUCUCGUAAGAUGAGACUUGCCGCGAUCGCAAGACGCACUAAGCUUAUCAUAAAAGCGGAGAACAAUUACAAGCAACUGCUAGCCUUACAUGCUCAUCUAGAAGUCUUAAAAUUGCGAACGUAUCCGACCUUGCAGUUUAAAAUCGCAUAAUAAAACCGCAUAAGAUUUAUACGUCGAGGAAAAAGAUUGGCGGAAAAUAUUGGUCGCAACAAAAUAAUUGU